AUGUCGGAAUCAAAGCCAACGAAGGAGAUGAAUGCUCUCACAACAUCCGAGAUCGCUUCAUUCGCCUCCUCUCUCGGCUUACCUUCAUCUCUCCCUUCUUCAGGCUUCAACGACUCUGAUUUCCGCAAACCCCCAAAAGCCCAGAAACGUAAGAACCCUAAGAAGGAAGGAGACGCAGUCAAGAACAAUCCAAAGGAAGCUAAGAAGCAAACCCCUAAAGACGCAGCUCCGGCGAAGCAGACGGUGAACCCUAAGCCAAAGGCUGAUUUUUUAUCGAUUGAGGACGAGAACAGUGGGUUCAAGGCGAAGCGGUUCGAAAAGUUCAAGGCUUUGCCUAAGCUUCCGUUGGUGAAAGCGAGUUUACUGAGCUCGGAGUGGUAUAACGACGCGGAGGAGCUGGAGGAGAAGGUCUUUAGCAGGAAAGUGGCGGUGGGGGAUGUGAUGGGUGUGGUGGAGGUGAAGAGGGAGAUGGGGGAGAGGCUGAUGUGGCAGUACGCUGAGGACUUUGUGGCGUCGAAAGGGAAGAGUGGAGAUAUGAAGAUGGUGAUUUCUGCUCAGAAGUCUGGGACGGUGGCUGAUAAAAUCACUGCCUUUGAGAUUAUGGUUGGGGAGAAUCCCAUUGCUAAUAUGAGGUCUCUUGAUGCCUUGUUGGGAAUGGUGACUUCAAAGGUUGGAAAGAGAUUUGCAUUCAAGGGUCUUAAGGCUCUAUCCGAAAUUUUGAUCAGGCUGUUACCUGAUCGCAAGCUGAAGACGCUUUUACAGCGACCUUUGAACAGCAUUCCUGAAACUAAGGAUGGUUACUCACUUUUGCUGUUUUGGUACUGGGAGGAAUGCUUAAAACAGAGGUAUGAGCGCUUUGUUAACGCCCUUGAUGAAUCAUCUAAGGAUAUGCUUCCAGAGCUGAAAGACAAGGCUUUAAAGACUAUAUACUUCAUGUUGACAAGCAAAUCAGAACAGGAGCGGAAAUUGCUUGUGUCAUUGGUGAACAAGUUAGGAGAUCCUCAAAACAAAAGUGCGUCUAAUGCUGAUUUUCACCUGACAAACCUUUUGGCUGAUCAUCCUAAUAUGAAGGCUGUGGUGAUUGAUGAAGUUGACUCCUUUCUCUUUCGUCCUCAUCUUGGGCUACGUGCAAAGUAUCACGCUGUUAAUUUUCUGAGCCAAAUUCGAUUGAGCCACAAAGGAGAGGAUCCAAAGGUGGCAAAACGCCUUAUUGAUGUAUAUUUUGCCCUGUUUAAGGUUUUAACCACAGAAGCAAACAAGAAACCAGGCACAGAUGACAAAGCGGCUGAUAAGAAAAAUGCCAACUCAAAGGACACAAAAGAAGACAAAACGGCUGAUUCACCUGUUGAAUUGGAUUCCAGAAUUCUAUCAGCUCUACUUACGGGAGUUAACAGAGCUUUUCCAUAUGUUUCCACUGACGAAGCAGAUGAUAUAAUUGAUUCUCAGACGCCGGUGCUUUUUAAAUUGGUACACUCGAAGAAUUUCAAUGUGGGAGUUCAAUCACUGAUGCUUCUUGACAAAAUCUCAUCCAAGAAUAAGAUUGUCAGUGAUAGAUUUUACCGUGCAUUGUACUCGAAACUUCUACUCUCCUCCGCAAUGAAUUCUUCCAAGGCUGAAAUGUUUAUUGGGCUUCUUCUCAGAGCCAUGAAGAACGAUAUAAAUAUAAAGCGUGUGGCUGCCUUCUCCAAAAGAAUCUUGCAGAUUGCGCUACAACAGCCACCACAGUACGCAUGUGGAUGCCUUUUCCUUCUGUCUGAGGUGCUAAAAUCAAGGACACCUCUAUGGAACAUGGUGGUCCAGAGGGAAUCAGUUGUGGAAGAAGAAGAUGUAGAACAUUUCGAGGAUGCUAAAGAUGAAGAUGAUAUUGAUCCCAUUAAGGAAGCAGAGAAAGAAAAGAAUGAUGUUGAAGAGGACAAAAUCACAAGUAAAGAUGAUGAUGAUGAUGAUGAUGAUUCUUCAGAUGACGAAGAGGCUUUAGCGGUCAGGCAAUCUGAUGAAGAAGAAGAUGAUUAUGCUUCUGACGAUGGUGAAGAGCUAUUUAUUAAAGAAACCCCCAAAGAAACCAUAGAGGUUUCUAAUGAUAGUGGCAAAAAAAUUCAAGCGCCAUUGAAAUCAAGUUUUCUUCCCGGAGGAUACGAUCCUCGCCAUAGAGAGCCUUCUUACUGUAACGGAGACCGUGUGAGUUGGUGGGAAUUGGUGGUACUUGCUUCACACGCUCACCCCUCGGUGGCUACUAUGGCUGGAACACUUCUCUCAAGAACUACUAUAGUUUACAACGGAAACCCUCUGAAUGAUUUAUCUCUAACUGCUUUCUUGGAUAAAUUCAUGGAGAAGAAACCAAAACAGAACACAUGGCAUGGUGGCUCCCAGAUCGAACCUUCCAAGAAGCUUGACAUGUCAAACCAGAUGAUUGGAUCUGACAUUCUAAGGUUAGCAGAAGAAGAUGUGUCUCCUGAAGAUUUAGUCUUCCACAAGUUCUACGUGAACAAGAUGAACAGCACGAAGCAAUCAAAGAAGAAGAAGAAGAAGAAGCUACCUGAAGAAGAAGCUGCUGAAGAGCUUUACGAUGUGAACGAUGGCGAUGGUGGAGGUGACUACGAUAGUGAUGUCGAAUUCGAAGCUGGCGAUGAGAGUGACAAUGAGGAGAUUGAGAAUCUGUUGGAUGAUGUUGAUGAUGACGCUGUGGAAGAAGAGGCUGGUGAAUAUGAUUAUGAUGAUCUAGAUAAAGUUGUGGGAGAUGAUGAUGAGCUUGUGGAUGAUGCGAGUGAUGCAGAGAUGGACGACGCAGAGAUGGAUAUGCUUGAUGGUGAAGAUGUGGAUGAGGAUGUUGAUGAUGUUGAUGAUGGUGGUGGUGGUGAUGAUGAUGAUGGUGGUGUUGUUGGUGGUAACAAGAAAAAGAAGGAAAAAGGAAAACGGAAAUCUCCAUUUGCGAGUCUUGAAGAGUACGAGCAUUUGAUAGACGAGGAUGAUUCAAAGUCGAAAAGAAAAGAAACAUCAGAGCCCAAAAAGAAGAAAAAGAAGAAGACGACCAAAGCGUCAGAAUAAAGAAUGAUGCAUUGAAGCAAAAGGAAACACUCGUAUUGCUUGCUACGCAAGGCUUCUUUUGUGCUGUUGAGUUGUACUAAAACUCUGGAGACAGUUACUCCAAUUUUGUGGUGUUUUGUUAUCUCUUCUACUUUAAGUUUUCAUUUUUAAAACAAAAAGAUUUUGUAUGAUUAUGUUUUCUAAUCACUUGAGGCUUGAUCCUUGAAACCAUAA